CGGCCCCUAUUAAGUGUCUCUGCCUGUAUGUCGCUUCGGAGGAAAGCAUCCGCAUUUAAUGAAUACAACUAUUAGUCACACUCUUGUGGAGGAAGUCCAAAGGAAUCUUAGCUGACCGUGUUUCUCUUUUUUUUUUUAAUCUGUUUCAGUUCAACAUUUGGGCUCCAGAUACAGGAUCCAAAGAAUAAUAGCAAAGUAAAACAGAACAUGUUCUGCACUGUAUUAAAGAAAAGUUGCUGAUAGGCUAUUUUCUCUUUUCUUUCAGUUUGAAACAGGAGUGGGUUUUGAAUAACAGUAAUUCCCCUCUUGAUCUGAGCCAUACUUAUGUUACUGGUCUCCGUGUCUUGUUGGAAAGAACAUUGAUUUUUACUACAGCCAAGAUAUAGGCAUUCUGACCUCAUAGACAGUAAAGUGUGCAUAUGAAGAAUAUCUAUCUUGAAAUGUUUAUGGCUUUGUUACUGUGCGGGAGUUUAUAAGGCCGUUUAGCCAUUGUGUUGGACUUUGAUUGUAUCUUACUUUCAACAAGAGUGGGACACAGUCGUAUUUGUGGUCUACUUUCAAACAAAUAGGCUACAAUACAGUUGACCUUUUCAGGAUGACUAUUUUCGCAGUGGCUAAAAGAGAUUUUCCGUAACUGGCAACAGUAAUGGACCGAAGUGACUAAAACUACUGCGCAGGACUGGAUUGAAGCCUUGUGUUUUCUCUCUACGGUGCCUGAGCGGUUCUCUAACCGUGUGAUGGGGGAGCCGAAGCGGAGGGCGAGCACGGCCGCGGGUGUGCGGCCUCGUGGAAACACUGAGGUAGGAGACGCCAGAAGCCUUCGAGUGAAGAUGGUGCUACUGGGGAGCUCCGGAGUGGGCAAGUCUAGCCUGGCUCUGCGGUUCAGCAGGGACGAGUUUAAACACAACGUACCCACUGUGGGAUGUGCUUACCUGACACAGGUCGUGUGUGUGAGCGACGUCACGCUCAGGUUUGAGAUCUGGGACACGGCAGGAGAGGAGAAGUACCACAGCGUCACGCCGUUGUACUACAGAGGAGCCCACGCUGCGCUGGUGGUGUACGACAUCAGCAAACGGGACACAUUUGUCAGGGCUCAGAUGUGGAUAAAAGAAUUAGAGAAGUUUUACAUCCCUGGCUCCACAGUCCUGGGGCUGGUGGGCAACAAAGGAGACCUUUCUGAUGUCCGCCAGGUCUCACAGCAGGAGGGGAGAAGCCUAGCGAUAGACAGAGGCUUGCUGUUCAUGGAAACCUCAGCCAUGUCAGGGAAUCAAACCAGCGAACUGCUGCAGGACAUAGCCCUCAGAGUGAAGAGGAGUGUUCUGGAACCGUCCGGGGUUCUGUCACACUGGGAUGAGUCAGAGUGUGUGGACCUACGACAAGCUGUGACCCUCAACCCCCUACUGGCCUCCUGCUGCCCCUCGGUUGGGCCUUAACAUGUGUGGGUGUGGGUGUGGGUGUGUGUGAUAGAGCAAAAGAGGGAGUGUGUGUGCGUGUGGGUGUUUUUGUGAUAGAGAAACAGAGAAAGAGAGAAGGAAUGAGAGACAGUUUGUGAAAACAGGAAGUAGGAAGUAUACAUACUGUUUGUAACAUUUUAGUAAUGAAAUGAACUAUUACCAGUACCAGUCACAGCAUAUUGGACAGUGAGAAUCCGCAUGAUCAAGUGUGGAUUUACUUUAAUGUGUGUACAUUUUCCAUAACACUUGUUUACUGAGAAAGAAAAUAUGUCCUACAUGUUAUUGUAAGAACAAGGAUGACAAAGUGAAGGCUGUCACAAAUGUUUUCAUUUGCUGACGAUGCUCUUAGUUGUGCCUGUAUUAGUUUUGCUCAGUACAUGUGUGUGCAUGUUUACACGUGUGUGCAUGUUUACAUGUAUGCGUGUUCAUGUACUGUGUGUAUUUAUAUGCAAAUGCACGUCCUAUCUGUCUAUACCUGCAUGUGUGUCUAUCUGUAUGCCUGUUUUGCAUGCAGAUUGCACAGCACGCUUCUGCAUGUGAAAAAUCUCUCUCAACCAGAGACAUUUAAAUCCUCCUCUCCCACAAUCAGGGCCCGUCAUCGGGGAUUUCAGAGCAUCGCUCCCAGAGUGGGCUUCCUGUCCUCAUCUCUCCUCAAUAUACUGACGCACUGAGUGGUCCCACGUUUUUUCGCCAAGAGAGUUCUCCAAGGCAGUUCAUUCAGUUCACGCUAAAUUGUAAACAUGGCAGCAAGGUUGGGUGAUGAAUCUCUUCUGAGAGGAGGCUGUAAACAGAGGGAGCAGCCGUUUGAAGGGCCAACAAGACUGCUGGUAUUAAUUUUCUUUUAGCACUUGAGAGAAAAUUUAAAAAAGGCUGAUUGGGGCCAGGGACGUGUCAAAACAGUAGAUGGAUAUUUUAAUUGGUUUGUUUUUCACCGACCUCUAUAGUCAUAGGUUGAGCGUAAAUUGAGCAUAAAAAAACACGUUCACGUUUUCAAGUGGAAAGUGAGUGCCGAGUCCUCCGUGUCAACAACUGUAGUAGCAACGGCUGAAAUAUCUCCAGAGACCAGUACUUUUACCAAUUAAUAAUUUAACUUUAUUCAUCAUCAGAUAUCAACAAACAAAAUGACAGUGAAUGGAAAGUAAAUGAGGUGGAA